GUGUUACGAAGUGUUAUGUUAUUAUUUUUAGUUACGUGUAGUGUAAAUUAAUUAAACGAGGAUAGUCCAAGUCGUACGGCAGUGGUAACAAAAAAAAAUAAUAAAUUUAAUUUCUUAGAGGAUUCUCGAGAAAAAUUGGAAAGUUCUAGACUCGACUCCAGACUCCAGUCAAAGCAUUUGUUUAUGAGCCCACAGUUCUCGCCGCUGAGCUUCACAGGCAGGUGUUCAUCAUGAAAGACAUGGAGGACGACGUGGAAGAGGAUGGAGGCGAAACUCAAACAUUUCUUCAUCAGCAUCACGCAGGCUGCGUCUUAUCUCGGCUCAAUGAUCUUCGGGAGCGAGAAGAGCUUUGUGAUAUCACAAUUAUCGUUGAAGGCAGAGCUAUCAAGGCGCAUCGGGCUGUGCUAGCUGCCUCCAGUCAAUAUUUCAACGCCAUGUUUACCGCAAAGAUGAGUGAACGAAAUCAAGCAACUGUGGAGAUUAAAGGAAUCGAUUUUGUUUCUGCAGAAACUCUCAUCAACUUUGCCUAUACCUCACAACUCAGUAUCACUGACUCCAGUGUACAAAAUAUCUUUCUGGCCGCUGAUCUGCUUCAGUUCAAAUGGGUAAAAGACUCAUGCAUUCAAUUCAUCAUGCAGCAAAUAGACAUUACAAACUGCAUUGGUGUCCGUGCACUUGCUGAAAGACACUCGUGCAAAGCCAUGUACGAGGCUGCCACACGCUUUGUUACAGAGAACUUCCUUAAAGUCUCUCUAACUGAAGACUUCAAGAUUCUCAGCGCCAGCGAAGUGCUGGAGUUAGUGAGUCGAAAUGAUGUGAAUGUGACAGACGAAAUCGAAAUAUUUGAGGCAUGCAUCGGGUGGAUUGAAUAUGACACUGACAGCAGGAAGCAGCAUCUCUCAGAGCUUUUAAAGGCAACAAGGUUGCCUUUUAUUCCAGUGAGAAAUCUGCAAAAGUAUGUCGCUGAGCAUCAUUUGGUGAAACAUGAUAUUUACAGCCAGGACAUUGUAGAAGAAGCCACAACAUUUCAUUUUGAGCAUGCUGGAAUGCAAAUGAGACAGUCUUAUGCUGAAACUGUUUAUAUACUUGGAGGAGAAACCUCGUUUAUGAAAGAGGUCAAAACUGUGGAAAGGUUUAAUCCUGAAAACACACAGUGGGAAGGUGUGAAGUCUAUGACAGAAGCUCGAGCAUCGUUCACUGUAGCCACGCUUGAAGGCAAACUGUAUGUUAUAGGAGGGUAUCGCCGAGGAAGAAAGCUCAAUUCGAUGGAGUGUUACGACCCAACUCAGAAUGGCUGGGUAAGCUUACAGCCGAUGAGUAAGUGCCAAGGUGACAUGCGCGCUGCAGUUCUUGAUGGCUUUAUUUACGUGGCUGGAGGAUCUAGUGAAGGACUGCUGACCUGCAGUUACGUCGAGCGGUAUUCACCUAUCACAGAACGAUGGCAAGUAGUGUCCAGCAUGCAUCGUCAGAGACGCCGAUUCGCUCUAGCUGUACUCAACAGCCAUAUCUACGCCGUGGGGGGUUUUGAUGACAGCAGAGGUGAUCUAAAGCAUGUGGAAUAUUACGAUGCUAGCACUAACACAUGGACUGAAGUCAAACCCAUGCAAUGCUGCCGAUACGACUUCGGUGCAGUAGCACUGUCAGGCUACCUUUACGCAGUGGGCGGUGCAAAUGGCAGACGAGGCUCGCUGAACACUGUUGAACGCUUUGAUCCAAACACUAAUGAGUGGUCAAUGGUUGCUCCCUUGAAGCAUUGCAGAGGUGGUGUGUCUGUGGCUGUACAUUGCGGCAAGAUUUUCGCCAUGAAUGGAAUGAACGAAUACAUGUCAAUAGUUGAUUCCACAGAAUGCUACAAUGAAGUUCAAGACAAAUGGAACAGUCCGACUGCUUGUACGCACACGGCACGCUUUAGUGCAGCUGCCAUUGUUUACCCCCCUGUCAUUCCGUUGCAUGUUAAAAACCUGCAUCAGAAUGGAUCUGUGUGUCACGAGCAACAAUGACCUGAUGGCUACUAAGAAUCACGCAUGGACUCAUUGAUUAUUGAUCUAUAAGACAAGCCCUUAGUAUGUUUCCGUGGGGUGGGUUGCUCCCAUAUGAAAAGGUUGGGAGAGUGUAGCGACUAGAACUUUCUUUGCUUUAGGGUGUCACGUUUUUCCGUGACCCCUGGGAAUUAUGCAACCCACUCUGUAAUACUUAAGCGUUCUUCAUUAUGCGUAGUUUUGUGUUUUUCAUUUUGGCCAGUGCUUGUUAGCGCUGAAAGUUCGAUCUGCUGGUUUCUACCGCAUUUUUUCGUUAGCUGCUUCACUGUUGUGUGAGCCCUGAAGUACAAAUUCUAGAAUUCGAGUCGCCACAGUUUUGUAAAUUUAUUUUGCUCCGUUGUCAGUUUUUUGUGUCGUUAUAUUUUGUACUUAAAUAUUUUGUCUUGUUUAUUUUUCAGUUGAAUCACACAGACAUUACACACCCACGAUCACUUUUGUUUCUCUCGUGUUUACGCCUAGUAUCAUUAAACUUGUGCAUUCAAACUGUGACGUCUGUAGCGCUCACUAGACCUACAAGGUGGAUGUCGUCUCGCUUAGAAUCAUGGAUUCUGGUCUCACUCUGGGUGUUGAUGAUGAAACGCCACUAGUU